AUUCUCUUCAAUACAACCAGACAUCGAAAACUGACAUUGAUGUUUGAAAGUUUGAAGGUAUACAUCUCGAUCAGUGCUUAAAAUACAGACAAAACACUUGUCCUAUAAAGAAAAAAGAGAAAGAGAAAGAGAAUGGUCUUCAUAUCCGUUUCCGCCACAGCCCCCGUCAACUCCCCCUUAUCAUCCCCAAAACUAAGCAUAAACGACCUAUACGCCGCCCUCGUCUACAAAGCGCGGUAUCCCAAGGAUUUCGUUGCUCCGAUCGAGUCUUCCAGCGUCAUACACGAGCACGCCGACGGGCUCACACGGAAGGUCAUGUUCAAAGCUGGCACUAUGGGUAAACUCGAGAAGCAGGAGGUCGAGGAGGUGGUUGAUUUCUAUCCGCCUACGAGGGUCGACUUCCACGUCCCAGCAACGGGGAUGCGUGUGUCGAAUAUCAUUUCAUAUGCAUCAGAGGAUACGGAGAAUGAGGAGGAGCUGUAUUUGACUUUUUCCUUUGAUUUCCCACAUCCGGAGAUCACCGAUAGAGAGAAACAGAAGCAGGAGGCUGAGGAGAUAUUGGAGCGUCAUAGAAAAGGUUCGGCCAAGGUAGUGCCGCAUACCAUUGAGAUUGCGAGGCAGAUGAAAGCUGAGGGGAGGUUAUAGUGGGUUGUCGACUGUAUAUACAUAUGUAGAUCUUUGUGUAAAAUAGCAUCACUAUGAACUUCGUGCUAUAAUACGUGACACUAAGUCUUCUUAGGCAUUGAAUACGAUAACCUGCGGUACUCGCAGCUUGCUC